AUGAGAAACCAUACAACAGUGACAACAUUCAUUCUUCUGGGCCUGACAGAUGAUCCAGACUUAUGGGUUGUGAUUUUUCUCUUUCUCUUCCUAACAUAUACAUUAAGCAUUGGAGGAAACUUCAGCUUCAUCCUUCUUACCCUUCUGGAUGCCCACCUCAAAACACCCAUGUACUGUUUCCUUCACAAUUUCUCCUUUUUAGAAAUAUCCUUGACAACUGCUUGUAUUCCCAGAUUCCUGGUCAGCACUGUGACCAUGGACAAAAGUAUUUCCUAUAAUGCUUGUAUGAUUCAGUUGUUUUUUAUCAUACUCUUGGUGUCAUCAGAGUUUUACCUUUUAGCUGUCAUAUCUUAUGAUCGUUAUGUGGCCAUCUGCAAGCCCCUGCAUUAUGCGAGCAUCAUGAAUAGCCAAGUGUGCACCAAGCUUAUAUUUUGUUGUUGGUUGGCUGGCUUACUAACAAUCUCCCCAGGACUUAUCAUGGGUCUCCAAUUGGAUUUCUGUGAUGCCAAUGUCAUCGAUCACUUCAUCUGUGACUAUUCUCCAGUUCUUCAGCUCUCCUGCACUGACACUGAGGUCAUUGAGCUGUGGAGCUUUUUCUUAGCAUUACUGACACUCCUAGUCACUUUGGCUCUAGUACUCCUCUCCUAUGCAAACAUCUUCAGGACAAUUUUGAGAAUCCCCUCCAGAGAGCAAAAGAAGAAGGCUUUUUCGACACGUUCCUCUCACAUUAUUGUUGUUUCCAUCUCUUAUGGCAGUUGUAUCUUCAUGUAUAUUAAGCCCUCAGCAAAGGAAAGAGUAGCCUUUAACAAAGGGGUAGGAAUCCUCACCACUUCCGUAGCCCCCCUUCUAAAUCCUAUCAUCUAUACUCCAAGGAAUAAGCAAGCAAAACAAGCCUUCAAACAGAUUGUAAGACUACUGUGCCAAAGAUCAUGCAAUUAUUAUCUCAGGAGAUAUAGAACUGCAACCUUACCUCCUACUAGAUGA